CAAAAACCAAUUGACACAGAGAUUCUAGUUCCUGAACCAAAAUCGAAACCAUGCCAAGGCACAGUGAUGAAAACGAGGACAGGGAAAAUCUAAUAGCCAUUAGGGAUGGCUCGGAUGAAGACGAAGAAGAAGCUAAUGAAGAUCUUAGCUUAAAGAUAUUGAAGAAAGCGUUAUCGAGGCGUGAGUUAGAUGAUUCAAAGGAGACAAGUAUGUCGGAUCUCUGCGGUUCUGGUGUGGUAAGUACUGUGAAGGCGAAUGGAAGAGAUUCAAAGAGUCAUAAGAAGAAGACGAAGAGAACCAGUGUAAAAGAUGCCCACGAAAUUCCCAUUGUUUUGAAAGACCAAGAUGAAAAUAUACUAAAAGGGGAAGAUGAUGAGGUUGAGAAAACUGCUGAACCAACAUCUAGCAAUAUGGUUUUGAAAAAGCUUCUUCGUGGAGCGAGGUAUUUUGACCCUCCUGAUGCUGGUUGGGAGACCUGCUAUAGUUGUGGGGACCAAGGUCACGUAACUAUUAAUUGUCCAACUCCAACAACGCGUAAGAAGCCUUGCUUUAUAUGCGGUAGUUUGGAACAUGGUGCAAAGCAGUGUACAAAGGGACACGAUUGUUAUAUUUGCAAAAAAGCUGGCCACCGAGCCAAAGAUUGUCCAGACAAGUACAAAAGCGGAUCUAAAUCAGCUGUUUGUUUAAGAUGUGGAGAAUUUGGACAUGACAUGAUAUUGUGCAAGUAUGAGUACUCUCGAGAUGAUUUGAAGGAUAUACAAUGCUAUGUCUGUAAAAGCUUUGGCCAUCUGUGCUGUGUUGAACCAUGUAACUCACCGUCAUGGGCUGUGUCUUGCUACAGAUGUGGUCAACUGGAUCACACUGGAUUGGCAUGUGGUAGAUACUAUGAGGAAAGCACAAGAAAAGAUUCUGCCAGCUCAUGCUUUAGGUGUGGGGAAGAAGGGCAUUUCUCACGUGAAUGCCCGAACUCAUCGAGCAUAAGCACUUCACAUGGCCGAGACUCGCCGAGUUUGUGUUACCGAUGUAAUGGAGCAGGACAUUUUGCUCGUGAAUGUCCGAAUUCCUCCCAGGUUUCUAAGAGGACCCGUGAGACAUCUACACCAUCGAGCAAAUCUCACAAGAAAAUCAGAGAAACCCUGGAAUACAGUUCUACUCCUUGUGCAUCCAGUGGGAAGAAAAAGAAGAAGAAGAGUAAAGAAAACUCAGAACACGAUUCUAAUCUCCAUGAAUCCAAUGGUAAGAACACGAAGAAGAAGAAGAGUGAAGAAAACUGGGAACAUUAUUCUACCCCCCAUGAGUCUAACGGGAAGAUGAAGAAUAAGAAGAAAGCACAUAAAGGAGAACAUAAAUCAAAACAGAGAGGCGGUUGGAUCACAGAGGAUCUGGAGGAAGAUUCUUUCCAAAGAGAAAAGAUGAGGCGGCUGAGGUCUUCUGUUACGCCAUCUGGUCAUAACCACCAUAGGUCAUAUAUGGGUGGUUAUAAGCAAAGAUCACCAACAUUCCAUUCCGGUGGGGGUUUCCCGGGUUCUCCGAUGACCGCGCCAUAUGGUAGAAACCAUAGAAAGUCAGCAUUCGAGUCCAGUGGGCAUCUCUCCAGUCAUCCACCUUCAAGGUGGCAGCCUUAUUUUUCUCCUUCCCGUCAUAAUCAGAAUCAAAGAUAUUCACCUGCACCCGCAAGGUACGGUUCGGCGCCCCACUAUGACGACUUUCAAGGGGACUAUGGCCGGUGGUAGUGUAAAACGAUCUAGCUCAAAGUCGAUUAUGCUUGAUGGUGUUUGCUGGGCAGUUGGGCUCACAGGUAGGUUAGCUUUGUUUCCCUAGGCCUCUGGUAUUUGAUUCAACUUUUGGGGUCAGCAUUAUGUUAUGUUCUCUUCUCCAACUCAGGUUGUUUAUUCAGUCCUCAUUUCCUUUCCUCAUGUCCACUCAUCAGAUUUUUUCUUUGUUAUAUCUGUAUUUUUUUUUGUUUAAUUUAAAAUUUAGGGAUACUUUUUUUUGUUAUCAGUCAUGAUUUCAUUUAUAGUAUUGAUUAUUUUUCUUAAUAAAC